AGGAUAACCUGAGAGCAAAGGAGUGGAAUCAUUCUCUGUAGUGAAAAUAUGGAAAUAAAGCAAAGCUUGAACUUGAAGUACUUCUUAGGAGUUUUGCUACUCCUGAAUAUGUUUGCUUUUUCUAUGGCAAACAAGACCAUCCCUUCUUCUAUUAACUGGGUUAUAACGGAAGCAAAAUAUGCGAGGCUGUGUAGCACAAAGAAGAUUUUGACAGUAAAUGGACUAUUUCCAGGGCCUCCUUUGUAUGUCCACAAAGGUGAUAGAGUGAUAGUAAAUGUUCGAAAUCAAGCUAAGUAUAACAUCACCAUUCACUGGCAUGGAGUAAAGCAACCAAGAAAUCCAUGGUCAGAUGGACCAGAAUAUGUGACGCAGUGCCCAAUCAAACCAGGAGCAAGUUUUAGUUAUCAUAUCAUAUUUUCAACAGAAGAAGGAACCUUGUGGUGGCAUGCCCAUAGUGACUGGUCUCGAGCGACGGUACAUGGUCCUAUUAUUGUCUACCCAAAAUUUGGUACCACUUACCCAUUUCCCAAGCCUUAUGCAGAGUUUCCCAUUGUUUUGGCAUCAUGGUUUAAAGGAGAUGUGAUGGAGAUAAUUCAAACUGCCCUUGAAACGGGAGCUGAACCCAACAAGUCGGACGCUUUCACUAUCAACGGCCAGCCAGGCGAUUUGUACAAUUGUUCUAAACAAGGGACAUUUAGAAUACUGUUUGAUUAUGGCAAGACCUAUCUUCUUCGUAUCAUCAAUUCAAUUAUGAAUGAAGAAGUGUUUUUCAUGGUAGCUCAUCAUAAUCUCAGAGUUGUAGGAAUGGAUGGUGCCUAUGUCAAACCCUUUAAAACUAACUAUAUCAUGAUCACGCCUGGACAAGCCAUGGAUGUCUUAAUCACUGCAAAUCAGUCUCCAAGUCAUUAUUAUAUGGCUGCAAGAGCGUAUGCAGGAGUGGUAUAUGAUAACACCACCACAACCGCUAUUGUCCAAUACAGUGGAAACUACACAGCCCCAUCAACACCUUUGUUUCCUAAUCUUCCUAAUUAUACUGAUAUCAAUGCAGCAACCAAUUUUACUAAACGCCUUAGGGCCUUAGCAAGCAAGGAGCAUCCAAUUGACGUCCCAAAAUCAUUCAACACAGAACUCUUCAUGACUAUUUCUGUGGGCACACGUCCAUGUGGUGAUACUUCUUGUUCUGGACCCAAUGGCACAAGGCUAGCAGCAAGCUUGACCAACAUAAGUUACGAGCAGCCAGAGGUUGAUAUAUUGCAAGCAUACUACAGGAAAAUUAAAGGGAUUUACACACAAGAUUUUCCAAGUAAGCCACAUUAUGUUUUUAACUAUACAGCCGAUGAGUUGCCUGAUAAUGUUUUGACGCCUACAAGGGGGACUAAGGUGAAAGUUUUGAAGUAUAAUUCUAAUGUGCAAAUAGUAUUCCAGGGGACCAAUGUCCUGAGUUCAGCUGAAAAUCAUCCAAUGCAUCUGCAUGGGUUCAGUUUUUAUGUAGUUGGGUCAGGUUUUGGGAAUUUUGACAAGAAAACUGACCCGAAAGGGUUUAAUUUGGUUGAUCCACCUGAGUUGAACACUGUUGGGGUCCCUAAGAAUGGAUGGGCUGUCAUAAGAUUUAAAGCUGAUAAUCCAGGGGUGUGGUUCAUGCAUUGUCAUUUAGAAAGACAUACAAGUUGGGGCAUGGAUAUGGUAUUUAUUGUAAAGAAUGGCACCACCAAAGCAACAAGUCUGCUUCAAGCCCCCCCAUACUUGAAUCCUUGCUAAUUCAUCGGGCUGAUGUCAAGGGAGAUUAUUAUCUACUACUUUUUUUUAAGAUGAAAAGAAAGGGGUUAAAGUACUCUUCCAUAUCCAGUUCAAAAAAUAAAGUACUCUUCCAUAAUUGCUGUGGUGUAUGAUAUAUAAGAUGAAGAAGACUGAAGAAUGGGACUAGUCUAUAGAUUUAAUUAAAAAAGGUGUGUAUUGAUUGUGAUCCUGUAAUUGUAUUAUAUUCCACUGAAGUUUGCAUACCAACAAACAAGGUGGUUACAUAUGUAUAUGCUUGGGUGAUUUCUAUUUAGUUCCAAAUGUUGUUGCCUUCAAUAUAAUUAUUUCUUCGUGUGAUUUCGAUCA